AUGGUGCUGCCCCCCUGCCCCAUGGCGGAGUUCGUGGUGCCGCGGCACAGCGCGGUGAUGGAGCGGCUCCGCCGGCGCAUCGAGCUCUGCCGGCGGCACCACAGCGCCUGCGAGUCCCGCUACCAGGCCGUGUCCCCGGAGCGCCUGGAGCUGGAGCGCCAGCAAACCUUCGCCCUGCACCAGCGCUGCCUGCAGGCCAAGGCCAAACGGGCCGGCAAGCACCGGCAGCCGCCCCCGGCCCCGCCGCCUCCCGCGCCCCCUCCGCCGGCCGCCGCCGUCGCGGGAAGCGCCGACAGGACCGGAGCGAACGGGCUGGAGGCCGAGGCGGCGAGCGGCGAGCAGCACGGCCGGAGCAGCACGUUGAUCGCGCAGCUCCAUGAGACUGUGAAAAGAAAACUGGAUAGUGCUGCUUCCCCUCAGAAUGGAGACCAGCAGAAUGGCUAUGGUGAUGUGUUUGCUGUGUCCAAGAAGCUGCGUCGUGAUGAUGCUCUUGGUGGAGUGAGUGGUUCUUCCAAUGGGAUGCCUCCUGUGUCUCCACUCCAUCAUCUUGACAAAAAAUCUGGCAGUGGAGAUACCUUGCAGCUUAAUGGAAAACAUCCAAUGGGGCUCGAUGGCAUCAGCAAGAAGUGUCUUCCAGAUUCCAGCCUGCAGAUGAAUGGAAGUGGAGAUGCUGAGGACUCAUUUCCUCUGAGUUUGAACAAGGAGCUGAAGCAGGAGCCUGUAGAUGAUCUUCCAUGUAUGAUUGCUGGAGCAGGGGGUUCUAUAUCUCAGAAUAACUUGAUGCCUGAUCUUAAUCUUAAUGAGCAAGAAUGGAAGGAACUUAUCGAGGAGCUUAAUAGAUCGGUUCCCGAUGAAGACAUGAAGGAUCUCUUUAACGAAGACUUUGAAGAGAAAAAAGAUGCAGAUUCUUCAAAUUCAGCUGCACAGACUCCAUUGCCACAAGAUAUUAACAUAAAGACUGAGUUUUCCCCAGCACCCUUUGAACAGGAACAGAUGGGAUCUCCCCAGGUGAGAUCCACUUCAUCAGGUCCAGCAUUUAUUGGUGCUGCCUCUGUACCUGUGAGUGCCGCUUCCCCAGCGGUCGCCAAUUCUCAGGCCAUGUUUCAGCCUUCCAAUCAGUCAAUGACUGAAAACCCUAAUCAGCCUAUGAUGCAGGCAUCAAACCACUCUCAGAACGUCCAGAGGCCUCUCCCCAGUGUAUUGUUACCUGGAAAGGGUGCAGGAAGUGCCAAAGAAAUGUCUUCUGCUCAUCAACUGCAGCAGAUUGCUGCCAAGCAGAAGAGAGACCAGAUGUUACAGAACCAGCAGCAAGCUUCACAAGUCCACCAAACAAAUCAGAUGUCUACGUGGCAACAGUCUGGACAAUCUCAUAGUCCACUGGCUGUCCCAUAUACCAUGGAAAAUCCCACCAGCCCAUCAGUUUACCAGCCUGACUUCAACAAUCAGAAAAUCAUUAUGUCUAACAUGGGAAAUAAAAGCUCACCGAGAGCUGCAGGCAAUUACCAUGUGAACAUUUUGGGUCAUCAACAGAACAGCUUGAACCAGAACCCUGUGAAUAGUCAAGGCUCUAUGCUAGACUAUGGAAACACCAAACCUCUUUCACAUUACAAAGCAGAAUGUGAGCAGGGGGUGACAGUCCCUGGUCAGAGCAAGACUCCCAUGCUGUACAUACAGCAGCGCCAGCAGGCACCUCUGCCUCAUGUGAGUGAUGACCAAAAUGGGAUGAUCCUUUUGAAGCCCAAGUCCAUUACCUACCGACUGCCACACAGUCAGGAUCAAAACCCUUCUCCUAAUGUUCCUCGUGUUCCUGUUUCUGUCCCGGGCCCUGGGGUGAGUGCCCAGGCUCCCAAUGUCUCCAUGGCAGGUAACCACAGCAACACCCCUUAUCUCAGCACUCAGCAGCAAGCAGUAGUGAUGAAGCAACACCAAAUACUGAUGGACCAGCAGAAGCAGAGGGAGCAGCAACAAAAGCACUUGCUCAUGGAGCAACAGAAGCAGCAAUUCCUGAUGGAGCAGAGACAGCAACAUCUUUUGGCUGAGCAGGAGAAACAGCGGCAGCAGCAGGAGCAGCAGCUGCAGAGGCAUCUGACCCGACCUCCUCCCCAGUAUCAGGAUCAGCCACAGAAUCCUUACCAGCAACAGGUUGGGCAGUUCACAGGAUCAUCUUCAGCCAUGCCUGGGGUCAGUAAUUUAGGACAGUCCAGCUCCAGCAGUCCACGGAUGUUUCCUCAGACCCAGAACAUGAUUCAGAUGGGACCUGGACACAGUUCUGUUCCUCCACUCCAGUCGGGCUCCAGUCAGCAGGACCGGGGGGUCACUCAGUACAACAAUCUGCAGAACAUUCAGCGAGGGGGAUUAUACAGCUUGGCCUCUGGUAUGACACAGAUGGUUCCCCAGCAUGCAACCCAAAGUGCCAAUGGACAGACACCAAUGCAGAGACAAGGCAGCUUGGGCCAGGGUGCUGCUGUUCCUGCUGGGUAUGGGCAGAAUACCUUAGCAAACUCAAGCAUAUCUCAGCAGCACAAUAAAGGUGCACUGAAUCCAACCUUAUCUAAGCCACAGAUGGCGAGAGUACCGGCUGCUAUGGGGGCUCAAAAUCCAUCUUGGCAGCAUCAAGGUAUCCCUAAUAUUAACAACCAGACACAAGCAAACAGUGGCUUAGGACCGUUUACUGCCAGCUCCUCUUUCCACAUGCAGCAAACUCAUCUAAAGAUGGCCAACCAGCAGUUUGCCCAAGGAAUGCCUCAGGUAAGCCUAAGCACCAGCAGACCCAUGACCUCUCUGAAUGCUGCUGUCUCGGGGCAGAUGCUGUCCUCAUCUUUAGGGGCACAGCAGCGGACAAACCCUCCUCCUGCACAGCAGCAGGUACCCUCACAGCAAGUCCUGCCUGGCAUGAACCAGACUGUUCCAGAUCUGAAUGCUUUCAACCAGAACCCAAAUCAGCAAAUGUCCAACAGAAGUAAUCUGCACUGUAGUCAAGGGUACCCAGUGAGGACAACCAGUCAAGAGCUGCCUUUUGCCUACAGUGGCCAGUCGGGCAAUAAUGGACUUCAGAACUUAUCUGGUGACACAGAUCUGAUAGACUCUUUGCUGAAAAACAGGACUUCAGAGGAGUGGAUGAAUGAUUUGGAUGAGUUGUUAGGGACUCAUUAAAAUGGGGCCAGGGGUGGGGGUUCUACUUCUCUUAAUUAUUUCAUGAAAUACAAGCAACACUUGGACCAAAAAAACCUGUGGCAUUGAGACUCGCAGGCAUUAGAGGUAAAUGGUUGGGAAAGGCACUUCUCAACAACUCACUUCUCAGAGAGUGUUGAUACAUGGCAGCAGUGACCACACGAGUCUGCAGGGCUCUGAGCUCUGUCUUGGUGUCUCUAAGGAGUCACACACUUGAACAGGUCAAAAAAUACUGUGUGUGUCCUAGCCAGCCUUUCAGGAAUCUCACUUGCAGUGUUCUAAAAUUAAAUCUUUUAAUUAUUUAAAAGUAAAACAAAAUUCCACAGAAAUAGUGCAGAAAGUAAGCAGAUAGUUGCACAAGUUUUUUUAGGGCCUAGUCUCCUGCAGCUAUUAUUUGCAAUUGUUAUUUGUUUGUAGAUUGACAUGGUAUUAUAGUCCUGUCCAUCAAACUUCUGACCUUUUGUUUGAAAAGGGGCUUGAGUAUGCUUGCAAAAUGUUUUGAAUUGUUUCUUUUCCCCAUUGCUGAAGCAUGUGCCUGUACUCUCAAUAAGCAAGUGAUAUUUCACAGUAAAUAUUUCUAGAUGCUGGUAAUAGAUGAAAGAAAGUAUUAAAACCUGGCCAGUUAGUCUAGGUAGUUGUCUUAAUAGAUUGUAGUCUUUUAAGCUGCAGUUUGCACUCUUUUGUAGAGGGGCACAGUUCUUGGCUUAUACCUUGCUGUGUUUAAAGGGGGAAUUUCUUACAGGACAACUUUUAAACUAUAUAGGUUUAACAUGAAUUGUAAAGCCAUUUACUUUGCACCUGUUUCUUCAUAACUUAUUUCCAAAGGUAGUUGUAUUUAAGUGAAGGCUUUGCUUCAUGACAGCUCAUCUAGUGUUCUUUGUUGUAAAAAGUAAAACUAACUUUUGAGAUCAGUUCAUUCCCCAAAGCUGGCAAUGACACAAUGAGCACAAGACUUUCUCACUUCUGAAUAAAAAUGAGAAAUGAAGAUUUUGGCUGAGAGGUGAAAAGUCCUUAGCAGCAAUAAUAGCACAGGCAGCCUGGGAGAAUACUUGGAUCAGGGUUGCUCCAAUAUGGAAGUCUCCCCCUUUAAAUACUUGGUCUUUUCUUGGUGUUUUUUUUUGUGUGUACUGGGUUAUGAGUUUGAUAAUCUUUCUACAGACUGGUGGAUUUACUUCUUUAAUAACCCCUGAAGCAGAUGCUGGUUCUUCAGGUCAGCCCAAGGAGACCUCUUACCAUAUGUUGGGGUCAAUCCCAGAAAGGACAAAAACUGCAGUGGGAACAGUCAGUGUUCCAAAGUCCUUACUUUCUACCAAAAAAAUACCCUAUCCACCAACAAACCACCUUGCCUUAACCUUUAUUUUAAAAUUAAAAUAAAGUUGAAAGCUUUUGUUUUAAAUGCACAAAUACCUCUUCCCUUUUAAAAUCCACUAUUUUGGAAAACUCCUUUGAACUUUCUAAUCAAACCCAGCAUUAUGAUUUCAGAGCAAUUUCCCUCAGCAGCCUGGAUGCUUUAGGAAUUUUCUGCACUGCAGAGAUGCAUGGAAGAGGGCUUUUUCCAGAGUGGGUGAAGGGAAGUGAAGGAUAACAUUAAUUUCAAAGAAGGAAAAUAUUUUACUGUAUCUGCAGCUCCUUUAUGAGACAAUUUGCACUUUUUAAAAAAACUGCUUUUUAACACUAAUACUUUUAAUUCUUUCCAAAUAUGCAUGGAACAUGGGUUGUGUCCAGCACACUUACCUGGUGUCGUUGAAUUGCUCUCUGUUGAACAGAUUUGAUGUUGUAUCAUGUUGAACUGUUGGUGAAAGAUGUGUGUUGAUCAGAGGAUCUCCCACCAUUGAACAGCUGAUAGAAUUUCACUGAAGCAGAUUUAAUCCCCUCGUAGAGCUUUUGAAAGGAUAACGAAAGAUUGGCUUUGGAUGGGAAGAUGAGGCUGUUAGUGACUUGGGUUGUUGACACUUCUGAUAUUUUCUAGAAUAAGUAGUUGAGAUGCAAAUAACUGAUGCUAACUUUUCUUGUACUGGCAAUCUAAGAGAAGAGCUAGUGAGUUUGGUUUACUGGUAAGUUAAACCAAAAACUGGUCCAAGGUAAAUGUUGUUAGAAGAGUAUAGAUUAAGCUAGCAAUGGCAGUGGCAGAAGUGUUUGCUGUAUUUUUAUUUUUAAAGGUUAACUUUGCACCAGUGUGCCUUCCCUUCCUGUUGGGAGUGCUUGGGACCUCAUAAUUUCAAGUGACAUCCUUCAACGUCACGUAGUUUUUUCUCCCCCUUACAAACACUUGAGAGACAUAACAGGGUAGUAGGAUUCAGCUUUUCUUUCUUCCCUGUCUAGUUUGUGGUGAAAUCUGCUCCAUUUUCCAGCAGGUUUUGCAUGCAGAUGUUGUUCUGAAUAAGUCAGAAUCCAAUCCAUCCAGUUGUGAUUCCUUAAUUAGAGGAAAAAAACGUCUGCUCUUUGCAUUAUGACUACCAGAAAGGCAAUCUAGGAAAAUGCAGAUGUGCUCUUUCCUCCACUGUUUCUGGAAGUUAAGGUGGAUAUUGCCCUGCUUGACCAGAGGGUUUGUUCAGGAAGGUAUCUAGACUGAUGACAGGGCCUUUUCGUGGUCCUGUUGAACUAAAAUUAAGUGUGAUUCUAGGCAAUCUGAAUUCCAGUGCCCACCAGUCUUCAUUCGUGAGCAGGAUCCAAACAGCAUUUAACCUGACAGAACAAACAGUCCCUGUUUCUGGUUUUGGGCCCUGGCCACAUAAUGUGAUCAGACUGCUGGAAAUACGGCAUCUCUGUAACAAAGUGGAGACAGUUCAAUGGAAAUGAAAAUAUGGUUUAGAUGGACAUUAAGUGCAUGGGUAGGGCUGAGCUUUGCCUUUUCUGCCCUUGAACAUGUAGCUGUCUGUAUAUGCACUUGGGCUUUCCAUUUGCUGCAGCUUCAGAGCAAUAAAAAUGUUUCUCCCCUGAACUGUACCUGGCCGGCCGCCCAUGGCUUUAUUUAUAAACUGCGGUUUUGGUUGGGUAGGAAAGGAGAGAGUGUCACUGUGCAACAUCCACUGCCUUCCAAAAACCACAAUUCAAUUGAAAAGGGUGCUCAAAAUUUUGUUAUACACAUUUCCUUUGUGUAAAUAAAUGUUUACAAUUUUAUAUUAAAGAUUUGAAUAAGAGUUAGAUCUUCUGACUGUAUAUUUUUUACUUUUUAUAGAUUUUAAAACUAUAAUUCUUUAUAUAUGUGUUUGGGGGGGUAUUAUGGUAAGUUUUAUGCUUGUAAAUGGAGAACAGUUGAAUUUGAUGCUAACCUUUAUGAAUUUUUGUAAUUGAAAUGUAUAAAGAGUCCAUUAAUCCCCUUAUUCUUUUACUACAAUUACUGGUGCGCACCAAAAAGAAAUCCUUCACUUCUGUUUUAUCAUUAUAAAAUAAAUAUUUUGCUAGUGUAUUAAACAGACA